ACAUGACUCCGGAAGUGUAAACGUUCGGAAGUUGCUAGGAGCUAAAACUUGUUUGUAAAUUUAGGUUGUCUGUGGAUCAUGGCUGUGGACUGGAUCGGGUACAGUUACUCUGUUCUGGUGUCAGUAGGAGGAAUCAUUGGUUAUGUCAAAGCAGGCAGCGUCACCUCUCUGGCUGCAGGGCUCCUGUUUGGCCUGUUGGCUGCAGUCGGUGCUUAUCUGGCAUCUCAGAAUCCCAGGAACGUCUGGCUUUCUCUAGGCACCUCAGGGACUCUGGCUGUGGUGAUGGGACUUAGGUUUCUCACCUCCUGGAAGUUCAUGCCAGCUGGUUUAAUGACUUUAGCCAGUGGACUGAUGCUGGCAAAGAUUGUAACUGGGAUGCUGAAGAAGCCACACACAUCUUGAGAAUACGUAAAUGUAUCUUUCCUAUGUGUCUGUAAAUAUUUCAAACAUGAAAAAUCCACCAUUCCUCUCUGUGUGCCUUUGUAUUACAGUCUUCUGUAAAAACACUGAAACUUAAAACCUGAUUUUUAUAUGAAAACUAGUUAAAUUUCUAGUUAAAUUUUUUAAUUAAGUCCUGUCUUUGAAAAUAGCAAUCGUUAUUGUUAAAUAAUUUUUUGAUUGUAAAAUAUUUGGGGCUCAGUUCGCUAAAUGUAUCCAAAGAAAAGGAUUAUCUUUGCUCCAUUUGUGCUCUUUAAUAAAAAAUAAAGUAUAUUUACUUUUU